AUGAAAAAGGAGAACUUUAAAAAAGAAUCGAAGAAAAAAGAAGAAACCGCAAUAGCUUUGAGAAAUCUAAACAUCGUCGCCUUGUGUUCUCCACCAAGAAUAAUCCCAAGUGUAUCUCCCAGAAAACCACCCGGUUUGCCAAAAAUCCACAGUUCAUUUGGAGCGGAGGUUCAAAUAAAACCAAAGUCACCUGUGGUUCAAGAUCUAAUAAACAAGCUGAAAAAGAUGUCUUGCGCAGAGACCGCUGAAGAGAAGUCCUCGACACAAAAGAAGGAGCAGAAUGCUGACGAAACUCUCCCCACUGUUCCACAAGACUUACUUUAA